AUGCCGCAACCAAGCAAAGAGCCGUGCAAGAAAGAAGCUUGCGACAUUCAAGCCUGUCUUUCUAAGAACAAUUUUCUUCCUCAAAGGUGCCAGACAGUGAUAGAGAAGUUACAGGCUUGUUGUGAGAGGUGCAAUAACGAGUCAACGCAUUGUGGAUCUGUAGCUGCCCUCUUGAAACAAAUCAAGAAAUAAUAAGUCUCUGUAAACAAAGAAGAACUAUCUCCUUUUUGCCUCAACAUUAAGAAGAGACUUCAAUGCACCAACAUUUGUUUACUCAAUACUCUGUAUCCUCAGCAAUAAUAUGAUACUAUAUCUUUUGUAUAAAUUUGUCGAAAUAAACAUUCUUUUAAAAA